GGGCAAGGAGGCGAGCGAGAUGGGGGAGCUCUUAUUUUGACAGGGGCCUCUCCGGGCUCUGGUAUGAAGGCAGAAGGAGGCAGCCAGAGAGCCCCGAUGCUUAUUCAGGCUGGGGAGAGGAGCCGAGUGGAGGGGCAAGCGAGGCUCCAGCUGCGCAGGAGAGCCCGGGGAGGCGGCGGCGCGCGGCGGAGCCAGUGGCCGGACAUGCCCCGGAGUCGGGGCCGCUGCACCACCGCCGCCGCCCGGAGCCAGCCGGCCGGACGCCCGCACGCCUGGGUCCCCCGGCGCCGCGCCGCCCGGGGACUACGACCCGGACCCUCGGCGUCCGACCAACAAUAAGCGCCCAGACAGCCUCCUCCCCGCCCUGCACCCGCCGUCCCCGUGGGCCUCGGGGAAAGUGAAAGGAGGAGGCAAAGGAAGGAAGGAAGGAAGGGAGGAGGAGCAGGAGCCGGAGCCCUGAGGUUUGGGGCCGAGACCCCAGCCCCCAGCCCCGGCCGGGGCGGGUGUGCGCGCUCUCCCGCCGCUGCCCAGCGCCCAAGACCAUGCUCCGCGGUUGGGAGGCAGGAUCUCAGGCCCCCAGCGAUUCCCGGAUACCCUCUCCCGGGCCAGGCUGGUAUUGAGAUCAAGGCGUCCAGGAUCAAAAGAUCACCGCCUGCGCGCCCCCUCUGCACCUCCAACUGGCGACCAGGAGGACCCUCAUCCACCCACCGACCCUGACCUGGUCAUGGCGUCCAGCUCCGGCUUGGCGUGAGGACCCCCAACCCACGCGAGGGAGCCCCAUCCCAGACCACACCCUUGAGCCUGAGCCUGACACACAUUAUUCCAGAGUCCGUGCUCCAGUACCGAGUACCUGGCUGGGCCCUGGGCACGCACAGGGGCCGUAGCCCCACUGUGUGUGGGAGCCAUGAGGAUCCUGGCUAACAAGACAAGGUUACCCCACCCCAGGAGGAGAGAAGUUCCAGGGAGCCCACCGCUGUCCCCCCGUGGCCACUGCCCCCCUGCCCCAGCCAAGCCAAUGCACCCAGAAAAUAAAUUGACCAAUCAUGGCAAGACAGGGAAUGGCGGGGCCCAAACCCAGCACCAGAAUGUGAACCAAGGACCCACCUGCAACCUGGGCUCAAAGGGGGUGGGAGCGGGGAACCAUGGGGCCAAGGCCAACCAGAUCUCACCUAGCAACUCAAGUCUGAAGAACCCCCAGACAGGGGUGCCCCCUUUCAGCUCACUCAAGGGCAAGGUGAAGAGGGAACGGAGUGUGUCUGUGGACUCUGGAGAGCAGCGAGAGUCUGGGACCCCAUCCUUGGAAUCAGAGGCUAAAGAGGUGGCACCCCGGAGUAAGCGGCGCUGCGUACUGGAGCGGAAGCAGCCAUACAGUGGGGACGAAUGGUGCUCUGGACCCGAUAGUGAGGAGGACGACAAGCCCAUUGGGGCCACCCACAAUUGUAAUGUAGCAGAUCCAGCCAUGGCGGCCCCCCAGCUGGGUCCUGGCCAGACUGCCCAACUGCCCCUCAGCGAGAGCAGCGCACCAGGACCCCCACAUGGGCCCCCUCCAGGCCUUCGGCCUGAUGCCCCUGGGGGCGGGGGAGGGAGCGUCCCUGGAAAGCCUCCCUCACAGUUCGUGUAUGUCUUCACCACCCACCUGGCCAACACGGCGGCAGAGGCAGUGCUGCAGGGCCGGGCAGACUCCAUCCUCGCCUACCACCAGCAGAAUGUGCCUCGGGCCAAGCUUGACCAGGCCCCCAAAGUGCCCCCCACCCCAGAGCCGCUGCCCCUGAGCACACCAUCAGCCGGCACCCCACAGUCCCAGCCUCCUCCACUGCCACCACCGCCGCCCCAAGCCCCUGGCAGUGCCCCACCUGCUCUGCCCCCAGAGGGGCCUCCUGAGGACACCAGUCAGGACCUGGCCCCCAACUCGGUGGGAGCUGCCAGCACAGGUGGUGGGGCUGGGGGCACCCACCCUAAUACCCCUACGGCUGCCGCCAACAACAACCCUCUGCCUCCUGGAGGAGACCCCAGCGGUGCCCCCGGCCCUGCCCUGCUUGGGGAGCCUACCCCUGCUGGAAAUGGGCAGCGCAGCCUGGUGGGCUCUGAGGGGCUAUCCAAAGAGCAGCUGGAGCAUCGGGAACGAUCCCUUCAGACGCUUCGAGACAUUGAACGGCUGUUGCUGCGCAGUGGGGAGACCGAGCCCUUCCUCAAGGGGCCCCCAGGAGGAGCGGGAGAGGGGGGCCCUCCAGCACAAGCCCCUCCUGCCCCCCAGCAGCCUCCCACAGCCCCCCCCAGUGGGCUGAAGAAGUAUGAAGAGCCCUUGCAGUCUAUGAUUUCACAGACACAGAGUCUGGGGGGGGCCCCGCUGGAACAUGAAGUACCUGGGCAUCCCCCGGGCGGGGACAUGGGGCAGCAGAUGAACAUGAUGAUGCAGAGGCUGGGCCAGGACAGCCUCACACCUGAGCAGGUGGCCUGGCGCAAGCUGCAAGAGGAGUACUAUGAGGAGAAACGGCGGAAGGAGGAGCAGAUCGGACUGCAUGGGGGGCGUCCCCUGCAGGACAUGAUGGGCCUGGGCAGCAUGAUGGUGAGGGGGCCCCCGCCUCCCUACCACAGCAAGCCUUCUGAUCAGUGGCCACCUGGGGUGGGCGCACAGCUGCGUGCGCCCAUGGAUGUCCAGGAUCCCAUGCAGCUCCGGGGCGGACCUCCCUUCCCUGGGCCUCGUUUCCCAGGCAACCAGAUACAACGGGUACCUGGCUUUGGGGGCAUGCAGAGUAUGCCCAUGGAGGUGCCCAUGAAUGCCAUGCAGAGGCCUGUGAGGCCAGGCAUGGGCUGGACUGAAGACUUGCCCCCUAUGGGGGGACCCAACAAUUUUGCCCAGAACACUGUGCCCUACCCAGGUGGGCAAGGUGAAGCAGAACGAUUCAUGGCCCCUCGGGUCCGGGACGAGCUGCUGCGGCACCAGUUGCUGGAGAAGCGGCCGAUGGGCAUGCAGCGUCCCCUGGGCAUGGCAGGUGGUGGCAUGGGGCAGAGCAUGGAGAUGGAGAGGAUGAUGCAGGCACAUCGGCAGAUGGAUCCUGCCAUGUUCCCUGGGCAGAUGGCUGGUGGCGAGGGCCUAGCAGGCGCUCCCAUGGGCAUGGAGUUUGGUGGAGGCCGAGGCCUCCUGAGCCCUCCCAUGGGACAGUCUGGGCUGAGGGAUGUGGACCCACCCAUGGGCCCAGGCAACCUCAACAUGAACAUGAAUGUGAACAUGAACAUGAACAUGAACCUGAAUGUGCAAAUGACCCCUCAGCAGCAGAUGCUGAUGUCACAGAAGAUGCGGGGCCCUGGGGACAUGAUGGGGCCCCAGGGACUCAGUCCUGAGGAAAUGGCCCGGGUUCGGGCCCAGAACAGCAGUGGCAUGAUGGGCGGCCCACAGAAGAUGCUUAUGUCUUCACAGUUUCCUAACCAGGGCCAGCAGGGAUUCUCUGGGGGCCAGGGACCCUACCAGGCCAUGUCCCAGGACAUGGGCAAUACCCAAGACAUGUUUAGCCCUGAGCAGAGCUCAAUGCCUAUAGGCAAUGUGGGCACCACCCGGCUCAGCCACAUGCCUCUGCCUGCUGCGUCCAAUCCUCCUGGGUCCGUGCAUUCAGCCCCAACCCGGGGGCUGGGCAGGCGGCCUUCAGACCUUACCAUCAGUAUUAAUCAGAUGGGCUCGCCAGGAAUGGGACACCUGAAGUCGCCCACUCUUAGCCAGGUGCACUCACCUCUGGUCACCUCGCCCUCUGCCAACCUCAAGUCUCCCCAGACUCCCUCACAGAUGGUGCCCUUGCCUUCUGCCAAUCCACCGGGACCUCUCAAGUCGCCCCAGGUCCUCAGCUCCUCCCUCAGUGUUCGAUCACCCACAGGCUCACCCAGCAGGCUCAAGUCUCCCUCCAUGGCGGUGCCUUCUCCCGGCUGGGUUGCCUCUCCCAAGACGGCCAUGCCCAGCCCUGGGGUCUCCCAGAACAAGCAGCCGCCAAUCAACAUGAAUUCUUCCACCACCCUGGGCAACAUGGAACAGGGUGCCCUCCCACCCAGCGGCCCCCGAAGCAGCUCCUCGGCACCUCCUGCCAACCCACCCAGCGGCCUCAUGAACCCCAGCCUACCAUUCACUUCCUCCCCAGACCCCACGCCUUCCCAGAACCCUCUGUCACUGAUGAUGUCCCAGAUGUCCAAGUACGCCAUGCCCAGCUCCACCCCACUCUACCACAAUGCUAUCAAGACCAUCGCCACCUCAGAUGAUGAGCUGCUGCCUGACCGGCCCCUGAUACCCCCACCACCACCGCCGCAGGGCUCUGGGCCAGGGAUCAGCAACAACCAGCCCAGCCAGAUGCACCUGAACUCAGCUGCUGCCCAGAGCCCCAUGGGCAUGAACCUGCCAGGCCAGCAGCCCCUGUCCCAUGAGCCCCCGCCUACCAUGCUGCCCUCCCCCACCCCUCUGGGCUCCAACAUUCCACUGCACCCCAAUGCACAGGGGACAGGAGGGCCCCCUCAAAACUCAAUGAUGAUGGCUCCAGGGGGCGCAGACUCCCUGAAUGCUCCCUGCGGGCCUGUGCCCAGCUCCUCCCAGAUGGUACCUUUCCCUCCUCGGCUGCAGCAGCCCCAUGGUGCCAUAGCCCCUGCUGGAGGUGGGGGCGGGGGGUCUGGCCUGCAGCAGCACUACCCUUCAGGCAUGCCCCUGCCCCCAGAGGACCUGCCCAGCCAGCCACCCGGCCCCAUACCCCCCCAGCAGCACUUGAUGGCUAAAGGUGUGGCUGGGCGCAUGGGUGACACAUACCCCCCAGGUGUGCUCCCUGGGGUGGCAUCAGUGCUGAACGACCCUGAGCUGAGCGAGGUGAUCCGGCCCACCCCAACGGGGAUCCCUGAAUUCGACUUGUCCAGGAUCAUCCCUUCUGAGAAGCCAAGCAGCACCCUCCAGUACUUCCCCAAGAGCGAGAACCAGCCCCCCAAGACCCAGCCCCCCAAUCUGCAUCUCAUGAACCUGCAGAACAUGAUGGCGGAGCAGACUCCCUCUCGGCCCCCCAACCUCCCAGGCCAGCAGGGUGUCCAGCGGGGGCUCAACAUGUCCAUGUGCCACCCCGGACAGAUGUCCUUGCUGGGCAGGACAGGUGUGCCUCCACAGCAAGGCAUGGUGCCUCACGGCCUGCACCAGGGGGUCAUGUCCCCUCCACAAGGCCUCAUGACCCAGCAGAAUUUCAUGCUGAUGAAGCAACGAGGUGUGGGGGGUGAGGUGUACAGCCAGCCCCCCCACAUGCUCUCCCCGCAGGGCUCCCUCAUGGGCCCCCCACCCCAGCAGAACCUCAUGGUGUCCCACCCCCUGCGGCAGCGCAGUGUGUCUCUGGACAGCCAGAUGGGCUACCUCCCGGCGCCUGGCAGCAUGGCCAACCUGCCUUUCUAGAAGUCCCUGCUGGGGGCUGGAGCCGGGGCAAUGUUGCAAAUACGAUAACCUUAAAAAGUUCUUCCCCUCCAGUGUUGGGAUGGCCUGGGUCACGGGGUGGGGUGGAGAGGGUGGGAGGGGGCUUGUGUGGGGUGUGGCGUUUGUGGAAACCAGAUGUGCUGGCAGCUUAGGGGGAGGUGGCAGAGUGGGGUGGGGUAUUUUGGUUUGGGGUUUGUUCCAUUUCAGCCACCAGGGCUGCCCCUCCCUACUGCUCCCAAUUCCUAUGGAGCCUCUUAUUUCCUUCUUCCCCUGCACCCUGUCUCCAUUCAGCUAUGCUUUUGGAGUGUCCUUGGGGGAGAGAGGAAGGAGAGGAGAGGUCUCCCCUAUCCCUUCCUGCUGAUGUCUUAUCUUUUCAUUGCUCGAGACCCACCUUCCUCCUUUUGGUUCCUCUGCGCCCACUGUUUUUCCUUCUGUCUUUUCCUGCCUCAUUUCCCUUCCUGCUGACGUGGCUGACCCCCUCUCCCACUCCCUGCAGGCGGCUGGCCAGGUGGGCAGGUGCCAGCCCUAGCUGUAAAUAGAGCUCUGCGCUUUUCGUGCCGGUUUGUGCGUGUGCUGUAUUUCUGUGUUUUGAUAGAAGUCACACAAAAAAAGGAUAAAAGAAACCCUUCCCCUUUCUUCAAAUUAUCGCCCCCUCCAUUCCCCUGGACCUAGGGACAUGAGCCCUACACACCCACCCACUGUUUGCAGUGUCUCUGGGUCCAUAAGGGAUACCAUUCCUAUCUUCUCCCCAAAUGGUAAAAUGACCUAGCUGCCCCGCACCUAAACUGAGGUCAGACCACCUAGGCUUCCACCUGGUGAGCCCCAGCAGGGCUAAGACCUCCAGGGCGGCAGCCUGUCUGCUGCUGAGUGAUUCAGGGAGAACAUGCGUGUGCGUGCAUGUGUGUUUGCCCACACCGGUGACAUGGGGCCCUGGCUUCCUGCUGUGGAUGUCUAGGUGUCCUCUGCUGCUACAUCUUAGCCAGAACUUGAAGUCCUUUAUCUCCAGUCUGGGAUGAAGGAAAGGAGGAAGAGGCAACAGCUGUGUGUCUCUGUUGAGUGAGCCGUGGAGGGGGUGGCUGGUGCCUCUGGGCCUGUGGCCACAGUUAGCGCUGGGCCAGGUACCCUCCAGGGCCCUGACUUUUUUAGAGGCUGCCACCUGCUUAAGGAACAGGGUUUGUCUGAGUCAGCCUGCCUCCCCUCCAGCCUCCACCCCCCUGAGGAUGGAAUAGGGAAUACAGAACUCCCUCCUGCCUCCUCUCUGCCUGCCCACUCACCGGCAAGGUCCCUCUGCCCAGGGCUCAGGACCACGUAAUAGAUCUGUGCCCACCCAGGCGCAGCCACUGCCUCCCCCCCAACUCCCUGCUUUUCCCCAGAAGAGCUCCCCCUCUGCCUCUGGUCAGAGCUGAAGCCAUAUAUGACUGGGUGUUUUGCUCCCCUUGGCCCCAGGAGUAAAAACUUCUUCUUUUCUCACUUCCUUUCCUGCCUUGUGAGGUAGCGGGGCAGUUCCCUGGCAGGGCCAAGGGCCAUUGUAGACAGGGUGUCUUCUACCAGGACCCUGUCCAGCCUCCCUAACCUUCAGGGCCUGGUCUCACAUUGGCAGCUGUAAUACAAAGGGAACUCACCCCCACUCCUCCCAGUCUGGUGCUUCUCAGUCCACCACCAGCCAGGCCUAGUGCUGCUUCUAGCCUGGCUGCAGGCUCCUAACUCCCUGGCAUCUGCCAGGGGCCAUGGCCGGAGCCUCUGUGUGCAGGGGCCACCUGCCCUCCAUCCUGCCAGGCGCUUUGCCGCCUGCCUCAAUCUGGGCCCUGUGCCCAUGACCGCGCCCGCCACCCUGUCUGACUCUAAAUGUUUUCUGCCCUGAGGACAGAGGGAUCAGACUGUAAGAGGCCCAGUGUCCUCCCUGUCCCCUCUUCUCCCACCUCUGCCACAGGCCAGCCUACUUCUUCCCUCCAUCCAUGGCCAUAACCCCAGCCAUUUUGUACCAUUAUAUAAAUAUAUAUAUAAAUAUAAAUAUAUAAAUACAAUAUGUGAAGACAUCUUCUUGGUUUUUAUUUUGAAACAAUUUUUAGGCUUGUUCCGGGGGUCUCUGUGCUGCCUGUACUGUAUUGACCUGUUUUAUAGGUGCCUUUUUAUUAAAAAGAAAGUUCAAAAUCCA